CUCAACUUUAGUCUUCUAGCCCUUCGAGUCAAAUCAGCUUAGCAAACUUUUAUUCCUGAUCCUAAACCGGUCAAUCAAGUACCAGAUAGUGGAGCCCUGUCGAUACAUACGUUGGUGAUGUAGAACAUGAUCUUCAUUCACUUCAUAUUUUGACACAAGGUCCAAUUAAGAGUGCAAGGGAUGAACUGCAGCUCUGCAAGCAUAUUUGAAAUAUUGGGACCAAUGUUCAAUUUCAAAAAGUCUAUUUUAAAUGGUCAAAUGCUCCCAUCGUUCUUCUUCGGCAAUUUGUGGCCCAGCGUACGUAACCCUACCCGGGGGUCGUUUUCUGCGUAACAGCGCCGGUGACGACGAGUUUCCGACGGCGAAGCAGCAGAGGUGACGACGGUGUCCUCCGGCGUAGCUCCAGGUCGACGAGAGACGCGCGAUCCAAUCCCCAACCCGACCCGCGUCGUGCUUCCUUCCGGCAACAAUCAGCGGCGAAGCUGCCUAAUUCCGGCAACGGAGAGCCUUCAGCACCCCAGCUCCGGCCUCAUCUAAUUCCGGCGAAGCUCUCAGCCCGGUCGACGAAUAGAGACGCGAAGAAGACAGCGGAAUAGAAGCAAUCUCAGAUCUAGGGCUAGAUAGUCAGAUCCUGGGUGUGAAAUUCCGAAAUUGCCCCCCUGGUUCUACUUCUUUUAAUAUUCAGAUUAUGUCCUUACUACUCAUUUCACUCUCACUUCCCUCUACUCUAUAUAUACUCCCCUAGCUCCAAUUUGUCAAAGGAGCUCCCCCAUUUACAUUUUCAUUCUUAGUCUAGGGUACUCUAUCAUCCUAGACUCCUAGGCAAAUCUUAUUUCUUCUUUCUUGCCAUGAAAUUUCCAUGUCGACACCUGAAUGUCGCAACCCUAACAACAGUUUUUUAGGCAUUUUUCUCCUAUGUCAAGUGAUCUUCCUUGAAGCUUUUCGUUGCUCACAAGCAUGACCAGCAUGUAACUGAAACAUAUCAGACCAAUGCCUUCAAUCUUUUCUUCUCAAUUAUUUUUCCACAAACAGAGAUGAAAGCUAUUGAAACUUUCUCCACAAUGAGCACAGAAACAUAUCAGAUUCCUGCUGUAGUAAAUCUAAGACCUCCCAUGGCUCCGUCCGUCAAUCAAUUGUCACAAAUCGUUUGAAGAAGAUGACAUGUCAGCAAAAGCAAAAUCCACUGUCCCCCCAAACAAAGUCAGCACAUCAAAGAUAAGUGCUACACUGCUACUUGGUAUUCUAUAGCAGACUUGCUACAGAUAGAUCAUAAGUGUUGAGAGCGGAUUAUAUACUCCCUCUGUCCCUAUAAGAUUGCUACAGUUUGACUUUUUUGCUUAAAUCGUGGUACAUUUUGACCACGAGUUAAAUAUAGUUUAAAACAAUGAAAUAUUUUAAAAUUUUGAUACUUCAGGAAUAUAUAUUUUAAAUAAAUAAAUACACGUUUUCCAUAAUUUGCGGUAAAAAAGUGUCACAGUUUGACCAAAAAAGUUAAACCGUGGUAAUCUUUUAGGGACGAAAGUAGUAUCGUUUUGACCUUUUGUGAGUUUCAAGGAGAGUCAAAAAAAGUUAAAGUUUGACCAAAAUAUCCUUAACUUAGGCCAUGUUCUCUUCACAUGAUCUGAUUAGGUUUGAGGAGAACAAGACCUAAAAUGGGUGGAGUAUAUUGAAUAAAGUGGGUGAGGUGUAAUAAAUAAAGUAAGUGGGGUUGUUGUAUUUUAAAUGUUAAAAGAGCUAAUGAAAAGAUCUAUGAGGGAGAAAUAAAAGGGCUAUUGGUAAAAUCUAUAGGGGAUGGAGAGACUGCAUGAGUAAUCCAAACUUCAAUACUCUUUUCGUCCAAAAAAGAUUGCCACCGUUUGACCAAGAAGCUCAAUAUUAUAAUGACUGGUUCAGGAAAUGUCUGGAAAUCAACCUUUUUUUAUGGAAAGCCAUUAGGUUUUUGCUCCUUUGCCCCCUAGUUUGGCUGUAGAACUCCGGUAAACAUAGGUGAGGCGUAAUCUUGAAUGUAUGGUGUUGAUGAAGUUCACUUACAAAGCAACAUGAUAAAGAUGCGGGCCCUCAUGAGGUUUAUCUUUAAUAUGCUUCAUUUUGAGUUGGAUAGCCUGCAGUAUUUUGAUGAUAUCACCCUCGUUUCUCAACCAAAUCGCAAAACAGUUCUCCGGACGGGAGGCCGGCCGGAUCGGUCCGAAGGUGACCGAGACUCCUUACCCGUUACCGCACUGGAAACGGGUCCGAUUACGAAUACGGCUUGUCUCCUGUUGGAUAUUGAUUUUGACGAGGCGCAACGCUUCGUGGGGGAUAGCUACGUGGUGCGCCGACCGCACACAACUAACCAUGUCUUCUCAGUGACUUGCCCCGAUGCCGAGGUCGGGGUGCAUGUGGCGUCCAUGCGCUACGGCCUUCGCUUUCCUCCUCACGAUCUAAUAGUCCAAUUUCUGAACUUCUACAAUCUUUUGCCGGGCCAGCUCAGUCCCCACUCCUACUACUGUUUUUCAAUCUUCCUGAUCAAGUGUCACCAGAGGGGAGUCCCCUGGUCUUUGGAUUUGUUCCGCUAUAUGUUCAAGAUUUCCAAAGUUGGGGCUCUUGAAGGAAAUUCGUAUGCCGUCGUUUCUUCCCAGGCCAAUUGUGGCAUGGCCGUCUUUCCCUCAUCCCUGAAACUCUGGAAGGCCAAGUUUGUCUUCGUUUCUGGUUUUCCCGGGGACCGGCAUCCCUUUCACGCCAGGUUUCCCGAAUGUCAUACAUUCAUUUGUCAUCCUCGUCCUGCGGCCACUCCCGAGCUUCAGGCACAUGCGCAAAAACUGUUGGAAGACUGUCGACCUAAACCGCCUCACGUGUACACGGUAUGUACAGAGCAGAACUUAGCGGAGGUAGGGAUCCUUAUCUCCCUUGAGCGCCAAUUCGAGUUAUCCGAGGCCGUGCUCGGGAGUCGCCCUAGGCGUGGGCUUGAGGAGAGUGCCCCGAGGUCGGAAGAUACAGAGUCGGGGAACGACGAAAGGGAAGAUGGCGGGGAGGCCGGAAACGAUGAAGAAUCAUGGCAGCCAUCCUGCUCCGAGGGGGUUGCUGGGGAUAUGAAUCCGGUAGAGGUCAUUCGCAAGGCCAGACUGUUGGCUCAAAAACGAGACCGAGGGGCGGAGGUCCAACAAGGAUCUCCUCCUGUGGGCGCAACUGGUUCUGUUGCCUCGGCCCGGACUCAGGAAGAGGCUCCGGCUCGGAAUCAGAGAAAAAGGAAACUCAUCCAGGUUGAGGACGAGGAAACUGCGUCUGAAGAGAACAUGGUUUCGACCCGGAGUCCAACGGGUAAACGUCCAGGCUGUCUUCGAGGUGGAAAGAGUUCCACUUCCCCCGACAAGGCCGACGGGGAUGUGCAGGCUGAGGCCGAGGCUGCUUCCCUUUCCACGACGCUCAAAGAUGAGGGCGAGAUUCUUUCGUCCUUGCAGGGGCUUAUGGACAGCUUCCAUAAACAGGUGUCGGCGAAAUUGAGCCUGAUCACUGAGCGUCGAGCCGGGGCCGAGUUCUCUUCUUCCCUGAACUUCUUGGCGUCGGUGGAAACCGAGUUGUCCCGCCUACGAGAGUUGGCGGAGACCGAGCGCGAACGAGCUGCCGAGCUUGAAAUGCAAGCCGUGGCGAAGUCUGAGGAGGUGAUCCGGGUGCAGGGCCUCUUGAAAAAGUCGGAGGAGUCAGCCUCCCAACUGACGGCUUCAAUGCCCGAGCUCGAGGGGCAACUGCGCCAGUCCGAGGGCCGAAUCUCCGAGCUGGAUGUUGAGCUGGCCGAAGCUGUCUCCGCGCAGCGGUCAGUGGAAGUGGAGCGGGAUCGGCUUCUCGUCGAGAAGGAACAACUCGUUGCUGAGAAGGAGCGUGCCAUCUCCGAUUUCCUUCAGUCCCCAUCUUUCAAAGAAACCUGCCUGGGGAGGAUGUCCGCCUACUAUGAAGAUUGGCUCAAAACCGAGGCCGGCACUGAGAAAAUGGCGGCGGAGGGGACGAAGUGGUUCGAGGGUGGAGUUCAUCAUGGGAUUAAUCUCGUCCUUCGUCGGACCAGGAGAGUAGACCCGUCCUUUCCUCCGCCCGGGGUUGACAUUCCCCAGAUGCAUGAUCCCAACUUGAAUGACGAGCUCGGGGAGAAUCCGGAUUACCUUGGGACUCCCGAGCACGAAGAAAAGGAUGCAGAAGACACCGGCGACGAACGACCCUCAAACAUUCUUCCUUAGUGUUUUCCUUGUAAUUUUUUUUUUGAAAUCUCUUCUCUUCUGUAACAAAGAUUUUGUCACUGUUUUGCUGCAUGCGUGAAUAGUUGAUAGAUUCCUGACAUUAUUUAUUUGGAUAAAUUUGAAUUGUGCCUUUUGAGGAACUGACUCUUUGGCUUCCCCACGCAAACAGACCUAACCACUGGACCGUCGCGCUGUGCCAAACACGUGUCACUGCGCACAGUUCCACUUCCAAUCACUACGACUGUUUGACUUCCUUAUCUCUUCGUGCAUGGUACCAUAAAUUGACCUUCUCCCU